AAAGUGAAACCACAACCGAAAUACAUACAGUUGAUUAACUAGAUUAAAAUGUACGAAACUUGUACCUUUCUUACCCAAAUUUCAACUAAACCUAGGGUUUCUGCGACUCAAACAAACAAAAUCUGCACAAAUCUCUUCAAUUCAUCUGUAUUUAUACUUUUUUUUCAAACCCUAGCAUCUUAGAUCGAGUUACGUGAUGGAGACGCAAAGGACUGUCGAAUUUCCGCACCACAAUUUGGAUAAACGACCGCGAAAAUGGCCUCGAUCGGCUUGGGACGUGCCGGAUCAUGUUAUUCCUCAUCCGAAGAUCGGAUAUCGAGCAAAAUGGGUGAAGGUACUUUCGGGCAAGUUUUGGAGUGUUUGGACAACGAAAAGAAAGAGCCUGUAGCAAUUAAAGCUGUCCGUUCAAUAAACAAGUAUCGUGAAGCCGCCAUGAUUGAAAUGGAUGUUCUACAGACGCUUGCUAGCCAUGAUGUUGGUGGGUCACGAUCGGAUAUCGAGCAAAAUGGGUGAAGGUACUUUCGGGCAAGUUUUGGAGUGUUUGGACAACGAAAAGAAAGAGCCUGUAGCAAUUAAAGCUGUCCGUUCAAUAAACAAGUAUCGUGAAGCCGCCAUGAUUGAAAUGGAUGUUCUACAGACGCUUGCUAGCCAUGAUGUUGGUGGGUCACGCUUAUGCAGGAUUAGAUAUCCUUGCUAAAGUGGCUUUAAAUGAAGGCAUGAGCAGUUACGUCUUCGUUGUUUAUCGCCAUGAUGCGAGUGCCUUAGUUGUUAUGGCCCCGUUUGCCAUUGUUCUUGGCAGGAAUUCAUGGCGAAACAUGACGGUCUCUAUUUUCAUCAAGCUUAUGAUCCUUGCACUCUUGGAGCCGGUUAUUGGUCAGAAUCUCUAUAUUCUCGGAAUGAGGGCUACAACAGCAACAUUCACAGUUUCAAUGUCCAACGUUCUUCCUGCUUGGAUUCUAAGGCUUGAGGUGGUGAACCUAAAGAGUAUCCGGAGCCAGGCUAAAGUUGCAGGAACUCUCACAACGGCCAUGAUAAUGACACUUGUUAAAGGACCACUUCUAGAGCUGUUUUGGACAAAGGGAAGAACAAAUAAAAAGGAAGAAAUGCAUAAUGGCGUAGAUCUACAGCUCUCCCUCAAGGGCGCCAUUAUGAUCGUGAUCGGAUGUUUCGGUUGGUCAUGCUUCGUGAUUCUACAAGCAAUUACACUAAAGUCAUAUCCGGACGAGCUGGCUAUGACCGCUUGGAUAUGCUUAUUGGCGACAAUCGAGGGUGCUAUAGCGACGUUGAUCAUGGAGAGGGGGAACCCUGCAGUUUGGGCUAUAAUAUGUUCAGGUGCUGUUUACUACGUCCAAGGGAGCAUUAUGAGAGAAAGAGGUCCGGUUUUUGUGACUGCAUUUAACCCAUUGUGUAUGAUAGUCGUAGCUGUCACGGGAUCGAUUUUUCUAGCCGAGAAAACAUACCUAGGAAGAAGGGUUCUAGGAGCAGUUGUCAUAGUUGUGGGGCUUUAUAUGGUCGAUUGGGGUAAAAGCAAGGAUCAGGAGCACAAAGAUCCGUCCCUUUCUAUGGAUGAGCAUACAACACCCGAAAACCAAAUAUUGGGUGAAGAGUCUAAGACAAAUUGCAACGACCAGGUUAUUGCUAUCAAAACAUCUGAUGAAAUUUGCGAUGAACAUGAUGAGAUUCAGCCGGCUGAUGUUUGAUAGGCGUGUUUGGGUUCGGCAUGCAUGGGGUUGGGUCGUAUCUUUAUUAUUUGUUUUGUUUCUUUUAGUUAAGUGUGUGACUAUUUAUUAUAUGUUUACCAAGUUAUUGUUAAUCAUAGUAGUUUUGUUUGUUAGUUAUGAUUUAACAAUUAUAUGUUUA